GAGCCAAUCAGAGAGCGGAGCGGUUACGCGCGGGCGAAUCAGCGCACAGAGCGGCGAGCGGCGGGCGGGGCCAGCGCUGUGCUGGAAUGCUUCUCUGGGAAUGUUUUCCACUUUUAAUCACUUUUUUUCUGCUCCAGUCCUCCUCACAAGGCUUCCUUUAAGACCUGCUGCUGCCACACAGAGCAGCCAUUCAUCGGCGACACUCGGACACACACACUCCCAUGUCCAACCACUGCACCUCCAAAUUGGUGGAGCAGAUUUCUCAGUAAACGGAUUUCAAGUCAGCCAGAAGGAUUUGGAUAUUUGACGUCAUGGCUGAGUUUGGAAACAACCAGCUGUGACCGGAACAUUCGCCUGAAAAAUAACGAUAACUUCCCUUAAAUUUUUUUUUAUUUGUUAAGUGCUUGAUUCUGCUUAAACCAAGACAACAUGUCCGGCGAAGAGCACAGUCUGUCCGAGGCGGAGCUGAGCCCCGGAGGCUCGGACGAUGCACGCUCGCUGUCACCGGCUCACCCCGGAGUGCCGCCCCGCCAGGACUCACCUCUCGGCCCGCCGCAGCAACUCACCGCGCUCUGCGUGGCGGACCCGGAUGACGCAUCCCGACCCAAAUCUGAGGAAGAAGACGAUCGCUUCCCCAUCGGGAUCCGAGAGGCAGUCAGUCAGGUGCUGGACGGUUACGACUGGACUCUGGUGCCGAUGCCUGUGCGGGCCAACAACGGGAACAAGGCGAAGCCGCACGUCAAACGGCCCAUGAACGCCUUCAUGGUUUGGGCUCAGGCGGCCCGGCGGAAGUUGGCUGACCAGUACCCACACCUGCACAACGCCGAACUAAGCAAGACCCUCGGGAAACUGUGGAGGCUGCUGAAUGAGAACGACAAGAAGCCAUUCAUCGAGGAGGCGGAGAGGCUGAGGAAACAGCACAAGAAGGACUACCCUGAGUACAAGUACCAGCCCCGGAGACGCAAGAACGGCAAACUGGCUCCUGCUAAUGAAUCCGACAGCCAGGGGGAGGGAGAGGCCAGUCACUCCCAGUCGCACUACAAGACCCUGCAUCUGGAGCACAAUGGAGGGCCUGGGUCUCCGCUGGGCGACAUGCACCAUCAUCACCAUCACCACCACCAUCCUGCUGGUCACAGCCCUCCCACUCCUCCCACCACCCCAAAGACAGAGCUCCAGUCUGGGAAGCUCUCAGAUGGAAAGAGAGAGGGGGCAGCGGGGGUAUCCGGAGGAUCCGGAGGGUCCAGGGGAGCUCUCGGUUUGGUGGCUGAAGGCACAUCUGGUGGUCCGAGCUCGAAACCCCACAUUGACUUUGGCACUAUGGACAUUGGCGAGAUAAGCCACGAGGUCAUGUCCAACAUCGAGCCGUUCGAUGUCAACGAGUUUGACCAGUACCUUCCUCCCAAUGGCCACCCUCAGGGGGCGACCUCCGCUGGAUCCUCGGCCUCCUACGCCUACGCCCUGGCAGCUGCCAGUGGUCACUCCGCUUGGCUCUCCAAACAGCAGCAGCAGCAGCCCCAGGCCUCGCCGUCUUCCUCCGACCCAUCCAAGGCCCAGAUCAAGAGUGAGUCUGCUUCCAGUAGCCACUACGCCGAGGCCUCGUCCUCACCCUCUUCAGGCACCCACGUCACCUACACCCCACUCAGUCUGCCUCACUACGGCUCCGCUUUCCCCUCACUGGCCAGCAGAGCUCAGUUCGAGUACGGCGAUCACCAGGCCACUGGGGCGUACUACGCCCACUCCAGCCAGACCCCAGGGCUCUACUCAGCCUUCUCUUACAUGGGCCCAACACAGAGGCCUCUGUACACCACCAUUGGAGACCCCUCAAGCGUGGCCCCCUCCCACAGCCCCACACACUGGGAGCAGCCUGUUUACACAACACUCACAAGACCUUGAGGGACAGCAGCUCAGCUGAUGGGAAAUAUGGGACGAGUGUGAGUGGAUGAGUGCAUGAGUAUAAAUGAGUGAAUGUGCGUAUGUAUGUGCCAUAUUGAUGUAAUAUUUUUACUUUUAUAGCCAAUAAAAUAGGUCUCAGCCGCCACAAUGUCACACCGUGCAGUGUGAAUCACGUGUCAAUCAAACCAGCACAUUAAUAAAGCCUAACAAACUGUGCCAUCAUGAAGGAGCAGAGAAGAUGUGACCAUAAAAUGGUGCCUUCUUCAUCUGAUUUUAUUAACCAAACUAAGGAUGACCUUUUUUUUAAAAAAAAAAAACCUUGUUGUUUUAUAUCAGUAGUGAGUCUGUUGUUUAUUGUGUUAGACUGUAACUUUAUUGUGGCUUAUUUAAUAUCACACCACUGCACCGUUGCUUUGGGAAAAGCAUGCUCAACAAUGAUCCCGUCUCCCUUUGUAAAUAACUGUUUCUGUCCUUUCCCGCUGACUUCUUGAACUGAAGCGUGAUGAUGACUGGGAAACAUAGGAAAAAGAGAGGGAACAAGAGCUUGUAACGGCGCAUUAUCACAGACAUUUACCUCAUUUUGUGCCAACGUCGGCGAAACACAACUCCAUGAAUCGAUGCUUUUCAAAGACAACUUCACCUCAAUUGCGAAACAUUUUUUCAUUAUUGAGUUACUUAAUACAUCAGCUACUUAUGACUGAUUCAUACCUGAGUUAAACGCUAAAGUCCAAGGACUCAAACAAAUCUUCUGAGAUAAUUGGCCAGCUUUGGGCGCUACUUAAGGAUUACCCAGAAUCACAUGUAUGACCCUUCUGCACUGCAUGUAGGCCAAAGCCCGUUUUUAUUCCCUGCAGUUUUCCUUGUUUGGAAUGGAGACACGGCUUCUCUUCAUCAUCAAUGUGAAUAAUGGUCUUUACCACAGAUUUAUGAUGCAUUGUUUCUCAUUUUAUACUGACAUUCUUACUAUGUAGUUUAUAUUUUAAUGUGAGUAAUAAUUCAUGGUGUGCCACAUCAUCAUUCUGGAAGUGUGUGCUACACGUUUGCCUGAGCAUUUGCUUCCUUACACAAUAAGCAAUGUUGAAAUAUUA